AUGUUACUAGCGUCCGUCUCAGCUUUACAUGAGAGUGACUUCAGAAAUACAAAAAGCCAGCCUCUACGGUACGACGCCGACCUUCACGCUAAACUCGAGGACUUUCGCAACAAACUCCGAGACGGAUUGGAACAUAUCGACCUUCUGUAUGGCAUACGACGCACUCCGAAAACUAUGACUGAGAACUAUGAUCUCGCACCUGAGAAGCCAAGCCUUUCUGUCAGUAACUGUCCUAACUACAAGGAAUCGGCAAACAACCUUCGAGACGCACCGGAACAUAUCGACCUUCUGCAUGACCUGAAAACUAAUAAUUUCACACCUGAGAAUCCAGGCCUUUCUGUCAGUGACUGUCCUGAGUACGAUGAUAUGUACAAACGGGUAGCCCUCUAA